CAAACGCGGGUAUAACUAAAGUCUGAUUAAACCAUCUUUAAUUAUUUAUUUGGUUUGUCAGCAGGAUUUAUUAAUACGCUAACUGUUAGCAGUGAGGUGAAGUUUUCUUACCCGGACUCACUGUUGUCUCUGGAGCAGUGCUCGGACAGCGUCAUAAACAUCUCCUGAUUCAUACACAGUUGUGUACUUUGAGUUCACACCCAUAGAGUGAAAGCGAUUGAGAUCUUCAGUGAAGCUCCUCCUACAACAAUCCACCAAUAAAUGCUGGAGUCAAACACACAGAGAAAUCACUCCAUGUGUGACAACUGAAAUCUUCAUGACAUAAUGUUGAUGCUGGUGAAAGAGGAGCUUGAGAAGAUGACAGAUCCACAACCAUGCAGAAUAAAGGAUGAAGAUACCGAGGAACAAAUAGAUAUGAUGGAAGUGAAAGAGGAGAGUCAAGCUGAAGUGGAUGAGAAACAUCAGAUUGUAAAAAUAAACCAUAAUGUUUCACAGAAAGAAACUCUGAAGACAGAAGACAUAAAGUGUGAAAAGAGUUUCAGUGAAGAUGAACGCCCUGAAGAUCACAAGAGGACUCACAGUGAGGAGAAACCUUUCACAUGUCAACUGUGUGGAAAGAGUUUCAGAACCAAAGUUUACCUUAAAACACACACAAGGAUUCACACUGGAGAGAAACCUUACACAUGUCAGCAGUGUGGAAAGAGUUUCGGAACCAAACCUCAGCUUAACGCACACUCGAGGAAUCACACCAGAGAGAAACUACAUCGCUGCCAUCACUGUGAAAUGAGUUUUACAAGUGCAUGUAACCUUAAGAAACAUUUGAGAAUUCACACUGGAGAGGAACCUUACACUUGUCAACAAUGUGGAAAGAGUUUCGGAACCAAAGAUAACCUUAACGCACACAUGAGGAUUCACACCGGAGAGAAACCACAUCCGUGCCAUCACUGUAAAAAGAGUUUUACAACAACAUCUAAACUUAAGAUACACAUGAGGUCUCACACUGGAGAGAAACCUUACACUUGUAAACAGUGUGGAAAGAGUUUCUCUGUUGAAAGUCACCUUAAAAUACAUGCAAAGAUUCACACUGGAGAGAAACCUUACACUUGUCAACAAUGUGGAAAGAGUUUCUCUGUUGAAAGUAACCUUAAGGUACAUGCAAAGAUUCACACUGGAGAGAAACCUUACCUGUGUUUUCAGUGUGGAAAGUGUUUUAGUGUGGAGAGUCAUCUUAAGAGACACAUGAUGAUUCACAGCGAAAAAAAACCUCACGCAUGUCCUCAGUGUGAAAAGAGUUUUAUAGAUAAACAUGGACUUGAGAUUCACAUGAGAAAUCACACUGGAGAGAAACCUUACAUAUGCUCUCAGUGUGAAAAGGGUUUUACAAGUGAAGUCGCCUUUAAGAGACACAUGACAGUUCACACUGGAGAAAAAACGUUUGCAUGUCAUCAGUGUGGAAAGAGUUUUAUAAUGAAAUAUGACCUUAAUAGACACGUGAGAAUUCACACUGGAGAUAAACCAUACGUGUGUCAACAGUGUGGAAAGGGUUUCAAGACAAAAACAAACCUUAAUGCACAUUUGAUCACUCACACUAAAGAGAAACCGUUCACAUGCCAUGAGUGUGAAAAGAGUUUCAAAACAAAAGCUGCCCUUAAAAAACACGCAAAAUUUCACACUCAAUAGAAAUCAUUCAUGUGCAGGGCCGGAGUGCGACUCAUUUUCAGCCUUAGACCGGCCCAAUUUAGUUCACGACUGACUAUAAUAUCAGUGACUAUAUAGCUGUUAUAUCUAUAAUAUCAGUGACUAUAUAGCUGUAAUAUCUAUAAUAUCAGUGACUAAUGUAACUGACUGAUAUAAUAUCAUUACAUCCUCAGUAGUAUACAGUAUAAGUCUGCAAUGGUGCACCGUUUCCUUGCAAUUCAUUGUAUUUUUCAAAUAUAUAAUUUCCAAUUCAAUGCAAAUACAGUAGCCUAAACAAUAUGAUUUUUGCCAUAAUCGUGCGGCCCUACCAUAGUUUAAUAGUUUUCAAAUAAACUUGUACUGAAAGGUAACAAAUGUGUUUGUAUUUUCCCCUAUAUUUCUAUUUAAAAAAAAAUGGUGGGUCUUGAGAUUACUUGAUGGGUUGAAAAAGUAAGCCCUGUAAGGCUAAUUUUAGAUCCUGACAUGAAAUGACUGAAUCCACAGGGAACAAUUUUCUUGUUUGAUAUCAUUCUAAAUGUUUUAAUGCAAGUGGUACAAUGCUUUGUUCUCUCUGGAUAAUUAAGGAAGGUUUGCCAAGGGUUGAGGGGGAUUUUCUAGAUUUAGAAAUGCACCCCGUGAUGCUAUAUCUUAGACACACCAUCAUGUAUUUUUAUUUGACUUUGAGGAAUCUGAAGCCAGAUCUUCAUUUUUGCCAGGUAUGCAGGUCUUUUCAUUUCAUUGUUUCGUAUUUUAAUUGUAAAUUGGCUUCUGAAUUAUGAUUUUCCUAGCUAAUAAAUUAUGUUUGAUUUUAUUUUGUGUUGCUCUGUAAAAUGACACUGCAAGUAAAUUGACACUGCAAGUAAUAACAAUGUAUCCGUAUUUACAGUAAGGACAGAAAUCAGGCUACAGUUAGAUAGUACAUAGUACAUAAUACAUCAGCUGAGGAUUUGAGUGAUAUGACCAGCACUUGGCAUUAAUUUAAGUCUACUUAGAAGCAUGGAGGCAAAAAAAUAUGUAUUUCCAUUUAGAGUAACAUGUAAAUGUUAUCUGAUCACUUUAAAUAGGGUCAACUUCAACCUCUGAUUAUUUCAAUAUUAAUCUAUCUAAGUGUACAUGGGAAACUAUGGCAUAAUUAUACAAAGCUUUCAGUCAGUUUGUUCUGUUGAUAGUGUUCAUGAUCUCUGUUUAGAAAUAAUUAUUGUAAUAAUUAAGUGUCACCUCCUAAGGGGACUAAAUAAAGUAUGUUUAAAAUUGAGCAAGCACAGAACGGCCGGUUAAGCGUAUAGUCCAACCUCUGGCAGCGACCAAUACGGAUUCGCUUAUAACUGUUGACCAAUGUAUUAAUUAAUAAGGCCCGCACUAGGAUCAUUACUAAGGUGCGU